AUGGUCUUUAGCAUUGAUUUCGUUGUCUCUGACGACAUGCAUGAGAAGGCAGUCUUGGUUCUCCUAGCGGCUGGGUUUCACUACUGCAAGGCUGGGCCCGGCUGUAUCCUGCACCGAAGCUUCGCGAACAAGCCGGUCUCUGCAGCCCAUCUGCAUCUUGAUCGCCAUAGGCCUCUUAGGUUAUACAAGCAGUCCGAGAUCCUCUGGGCCUAUCCUACCCUUCCUACGGAGAAGCCCGAAGCCGAUAGCUUACACUACAUAUUGGGCAAUGAUCCCCGACUGCGCGAACAAAAAAAGGGCUUUCCACCGUGUUGUGGUCGAUACUACGAUUCUCUUCAUCCGGUGAAGAUGCCACAUCCCACCAAGCUGGUAGAGGCGUUAAUCUUCCUCGUCUGUCGGGACCAGGAUCCCAACCCGGAGAUUCCCGGGUACGAGAGUGUGUGGUUUCUGUGGUAUAUGCACUUGCUUAUGUAUGUUGGGGAGUCUGGGUUGCUUCUGCCGGAUCAACUGGACCCUCAGUUCCUGCCUGUUUGGAACGAGGCACGCUAUGAUAAGGGCAAUCCGGGGCGUCGACUGCGCUCGAUUAAACGUCUUCAGGCAACCCUCUGGGGGCUACAAGCGCUUCCGCAGAAGGUACGCUGA